GGCUUCAGUUCCCCCAUUUCCCCCCAACUUGAUUCUACUGACAGACCACAAAAGGCAACACCCGCUGAAAGCCGAGGCUCUUUGUGCAAAUCUGUAAGCGUUCAUCCAGAAACGAAGUGGCGUUAAGCGGCAGAAUACACGGCUCAAUGCUGACAUGCAGCAGCUUAUAGAAACACAGCAUGCCCGCCUGUGAGGGAGACGACGACGUCCGCAGUUUGGCCUAAGAUGAGCAGCUCCGGUAAACGAGAGAGGGAGCAGAAGAGGAAACUGCAGCACUUCCUCGGUGACCUUGCUUUGCUCGGAUCCUUGCAGGGUUUUAAAUACUUCCAGCCAUGGCUCAGGGGGAAAGAGGAGUUGCUGCUGACAGUUGUUAAUGAGGAUCUGGGUUGGCGUUCCCCAGGCUUUAUGGUGUCCAGAGCCUCCUCCUACUCCUCCACCAGCAGCUGUAACAGCAGUGAUGUCUCUCCCAGCAGCAGCUCUCCCAGUCUGGCCAGCCGUAGCAGCUCCCCCUGCCCGGGGAGCCUCCGGGCCCACGAGGCUCCCAGUCACAUACCAAGACACAGCCACAGACUGCCAGUCACAGGGAGGCCUGCAUCGAGGAGCAUCUUCUCCCAGCGUCUCCCAGUGAAAGGGAGAUAGCAGUACCCGAGGUGAACUGCACUCUGUUUCUAUUGGCCGGCUACGUCAAAUACGGACGCCCCUACGCGUGGAUACGCUCCAAUCACG